AUGUUUAUUCUUAUGUUGGCAAGUAUUGCUAUUUUUCUAAUUACUUCUCUUCCGGUGGCUCUUUAUAAAAUUGCAUCACCACGAGAAGGCAAUCCAGUACUUUUGCUUUUUCGAAUUGUUGGUAUUUGGGUAGGAUUAGGAUGGCUUCAAAGUCUCAAUUAUGCAAUAAAUUUUUAUAUUCAUUGUUUGAGUUCAACAUUAUUCCGUAAGGAAUUCAAACAACAAAUAAAAUAUAUGUGGAGUAGAAAUCAAUCUCGAGUAAGUGCUGUGGAUAUUACAAAAUCAAAUCAACAUAAUCAAACUCAUCCAAUAUCGUUCAAAUAUUAA